AGAUUAGCGAAAUGGAAGAGGGACUUCCUCCGGGCUUUCGUUUCCACCCCUCCGACGAGGAGCUGAUCACUUAUUAUCUUACCCGCAAGGUCUCAGAUUUUGAGUUCGUCUCCAAGGCCAUUUCUGACGUUGAUCUCAACAAAUGCGAGCCAUGGGACCUCCCAGUUUCAGGGAAGGCCAGCUUGGGGGAGAAAGUAGGCUACUUCUUCAGCUUGAAAGAUAGAAAAUACCCUACGGGUAUGCGAACCAACCGAGCCACCAAUGCUGGCUACUGGAAGACAACGGGCAAAGACAAGGAGAUCUUCCACUAUGGAGUUCUUGUCGGAAUGAAGAAAACACUAGUUUUUUACAAGGGCAGAGCUCCCAAGGGCGAGAAGACCAGCUGGGUUAUGCAUGAAUACAGACUACAGACCGAUUUCCCUUACAAACCAUCCAAGGAAGAAUGGGUUGUGUGCAAAAUCUUCAAGAAAAGCGACAACUUUCAUAUGAAGAAGCCUGGUUCAAGCUUUCCUUCCAUGUUGCUGGAAUCUCCCGGAAACACACUGAGUGACCAGUUUGGAGAUAUUGAUGCAUCCAUCUUGAAUAAUAUUCGUGAUUCUUCAAGUCAUUUUAAUCCAUUAUUGCAAGUAGAUGAUGAAAAUAAGAUGGAUUUGAAGCUAUAUAUGAACUUGUUAUAUGGUAGAUGCCAAACAAAUGAAUCAUUCAAUGCUGGAUCAAGUAUGGGUGCGUUUGAGGGGAAUGGGGAUGCUUUUGUUGGAUCUCAGGAGUUAAAAUUUGCUGAAUUUGUGCAGAAGCAGCAGGGGCAGGAGCAGGAGGAAUCCCUAUGGAGAGGAUAUUGAUAUUGAUUUAUGCAGAUUGAUCAGUGUAGCCGUUUAAUGUAUUCAUUAAUCUAGAUGUUU